AUGCUUUUUGAUGUUGGGUCAUCAUGGGAACUUAUGGUCGCAGAAGUUUUCGUGGAAGCGAUCCUGGUCCCAGAAGCCUCAGAGAAAAUCGUGGAGAAGAAUGAGUCACUUCCUGUUCAGCCUUUUGAUUUAGAGAUUGGCUCUGAGAUACACCCGGAGACUAACUUGUCUCUCGAAGGGCUCUACAAGUCUUCCAGCGGCAUGUUUUGUACACAAUGCGAAGCUGAAGGUUUUAGAAAAAUAACCUUUUAUCAGGAUCGGCCAGACGUUAUGGCAAAGUUCACUACCAGGAUAGAAGCGGACAAAGCACAGUAUCCCGUUCUUUUGUCGAAUGGCAACCUUAUAGACUCCGGAGACCUCGAGAAUGGAUUUCAUUAUGCUGUGUGGGAGGAUCCUUUCAAAAAGCCUUGCUACCUCUUUGCCUUGGUAGCGGGGCAACUCACGUCCAGAGACGAUACUUUUAAAACGCGUUCAGGAAGGGAUGUUCAACUGAGGAUUUGGACUCCUGCACAAGACGUCCCAAAGACAGAGCAUGCUAUGCAUGCUCUCAAGCUUUCAAUGAAGUGGGAUGAGGAUGUGUAUGGGUUGGAGUAUGAUCUUGACCUGUUUAACAUUGUCGCUGUUCCCGAUUUCAACAUGGGUGCUAUGGAGAACAAGAGCUUGAAUAUAUUCAACUCGAAAUUGCAGAUGGACAACUUCUAUACGGUGACGGUGUAUGAAAAGGGUGCGGAAGUGGUUCGCAUGUACCAAACAUUGCUUGGGAAAGAUGGGUUUCGGAAGGGCAUGGACUUGUACUUUGAACGUCACGACGGACAAGCUGUAACUUGUGAGGAUUUCUUUGCUGCUAUGCGAGACGCUAAUUCCGCCAAUCUUUCAGUUUUCUUGAGAUGGUAUUCUCAAGCUGGAACACCCGUUCUUACUGUUUCGACAGCGUAUGAUGCUGCAGCUCGUAGCUAUACUGUAAAGUGCAAGCAAGAAAUUCCUUCUACACCUGGGCAACCUGUGAAGGAGCCGACGUUAAUACCAUUGGCUGUGGGUCUGCUAAAUUCAAAAGGCGAAGAUAUGGUGUUGACCGAGUUGUUUGAUGGAGGAUCACUCAAGUCAUUGAAAGACACAGCGGGGGGACCUGCAAAGACAGCAGUACUUGUUGUUGAUAAGGAAGAGCAAGAGUUCACUUUUCUCAAUUUGCCUGAGAAACCUGUGCCAUCUUUCCUAAGAAACUUUAGUGCUCCCGUGCGCCUUGUGACGCCAACUGUGACGGAUGACGAUUUGCUCUUUUUGCUCGCGCAUGACUCCGACGAGUUUAACAGAUGGGAGGCUGGACAGACGAUGGGAAGAAAACUUAUGCUGGAUCUUAUUCCGAAAGCACAAAGAAACGAACAGCUCGCGGUUCCAUCCGCAUUUGUGGAAGGCAUGCGCAGUAUUCUCAACGAUUCUUCGUUAGAUAAGGAAUUUGUGGCAAAGGCACUAACACUUCCUGGAGAAAGCGAACUGAUGGACUUGAUGGAGGUUGCAGAUCCAGAUGCAGUACAUACUGUCCGAAAAUUCGUGAUAAGAGAGCUUGCGUCGAAACUGAAGCAAGAUUUCCUGAAAACUGUGACUGAAAACCGAAGUUCUGAUCCGCACUACACAUUCGAUCACAAAAACAAAGCCAGGAGAUCCUUAAAAAACCUCGCUCUCGGCUACCUCUGCUCUCUGGACGAGGCGGACACUACUGAGCUUGCUUUGAACGAAUACAAAAGCGCAACAAACAUGACAGAUCAAUUUGCAGCCCUCUCUUCACUUUGCCAGAAUCCUGGGGACGUGCGUGAUGAAGCUUUGGCAAACUUCUACGAGCAGUGGAAGGACGAAACUUUGGUUGUGAACAAAUGGCUGGUGUUACAAUCUAUGUCUGAUAUCCCUGGAAAUGUUAAGAACAUGAGGCGAUUGCUAGAUCAUCCGUCCUUCGAUAUGAAGAACCCAAACAAGGUGUAUUCUUUGAUCGGUCCUUUCUGUCGGACCGCUGUCAACUUUCACGCUAAAGAUGGCUCUGGCUACGAGUUUCUGGCAGAGGUGACUUUGCAAUUGGACAAAAUGAAUUCUCAGAUGGCAUCGCGAAUGGUAUCGUCAUUGUCGAGGUGGAAACGCUUUGAUGAAGGCAGACAAUCGCUGGCUAAGGCUCAACUGGAACGCAUUGCUAAAACCGAUGGCCUGUCAGAGAAUGUGUUUGAGAUCGCCUCCAAGAGCCUGGCAGCGUAAGAAAGAUCAAGGAGUUCGCGAUCGUAAGCUCGUUGUUGCAUUCUUCUUGAUAGAUAUACGAGCUAUUUGCUUGGGAAAAAUCACACCUUUUCAGGUCGAGCAAGCAUUUGCCAUAA